AAGGUGAUGGACUACACGUAUGACGAAGAUCUGCAAGAAAUGUGCCCAGUUUGCGGUGAUAAAGUUUCAGGAUACCAUUAUGGCCUGCUGACUUGUGAAAGUUGUAAGGGUUUUUUCAAGAGAACAGUGCAGAAUAAUAGACGUUACACUUGCACUGAAAACCAGGACUGUAAAAUUGAUAAAACACAAAGAAAAAGAUGUCCCCUUUUUUCUACAGGGAAGACAGCCAAUGGAGGGAAAAGGCUGACAGCUGUCCGCGCUGAUCGAAUGCGAGGGGGAAGAAACAAAUUUGGACCCAUGUACAAGCGGGACAGAGCUCUCAAGCAGCAGAAGAAAGCCUUGAUACGCGCCAAUGGCUUUAAGAUAGAGACCACCCCUCAGAUGGUCUCCCCAGUCCAGACGGACUACCCCCUGCCAGGCAACAUGCAUGGGAUUCACACUGUUUCCAAAAGCAUGCCUCCCACCGCUCCAAUGGUCUCCCCAGUCCAGACAGACUACCCCCUGCCAGGCAACAUCCAUGGGAUUCACACUGUUUCCAAAAGCAUGCCUCCCACCGCUCCGAUGGUCUCCCCAGUCCAGACGGACUACCCCCUGCCAGGCAACAUCCAUGGGAUUCACACUGUUUCCAAAAGCAUGCCUUCCACCGCUCCAUCCUCAGUGACCCCCACAGACUAUGAGCGCAGCCCCUAUGGACCACCAUCACUUGGCUUGGCAAUGCAGAGCCACAGUGUGCUUCCAGGCUACCAGUACGCCUCAUUUCCCAGCCGAGUCAUAAAGUCUGAAUACCCGGACCACUACACCAGCUCUCCAGAAUCCCUGGCAGGCUACCACUAUCCUGAUGCUUACCAGACCAGCUCUCCGCCCAGUAUCCCCACCCUCAUCUUGGAGUUUCUCCGCUGCGACCCAGAUGAGAUUCAGGUGCAGAAUAAGAUCCUAGCCUACCUGCAACAGGAGCAGGCCAGCAGAAACAAGCAUGAGAAGCUCAACACCUUUGGUCUCAUGUGUAGGAUGGCAGACCAGACUCUAUUUUCUAUUGUUGAGUGGGCUAGAAGUUGUAUAUUCUUCAAAGAACUAAAGGUAGGAGAUCAAAUGAAGCUGCUGCAUAACUGCUGGAGUGAGCUGCUAGUGCUGGACCACAUCUUCAGACAAGUGCAGCAUGGCAAGGAAGGCAGUAUUCUCCUGGUGACGGGCCAAGAGAUUGAGCUGGCUGUGGUGGCAGCCCAGGCUGGAGUGACUCUCAGUAACCUUGUGCUGAGAGCGCAGGAGUUAGCCGCUACGUUACAGACCCUCCAGGCUGACAGAAGGGAGUUUGCCUGCUUCAAAUUUCUCAUCCUUUUCAAUCCUGACGUGAAGCUUUUGGAAAACCACCACUUGGUAGAGAGUGUCCAGGAGCAAGUCAACGCUGCCCUCCUGGAGUACACCAUGUACAACUACCCACAGUUCGGGGACAAGUUUGGACAGCUGUUGCUACAGUUCCCAGAGAUCCGCUCCCUCAGCACUCAGGCGGAAGAGUACCUGUACUACAAGCACCUGAGCGGGGAGGUGCCCUGCAACAACCUGCUCAUAGAGAUGCUCCACGCCAAGCAGGCCUGAGACCCCGCAGCAGAGC